AUGACUCACAUGAAUUCUUUGGAUGAAUGUGCCUUAUACACAACUGACAUUUCAUAUAAUAGGAAUGCUGAAGAACUGGAAAAGUACUCUGCAAUAAAACAUCCAAGUGUUAAAAUACAAGCACCUACAUUUAAAGUUGAUUUUGCUAAAACUGAUGCUAAGAAUAGUGGAUCAAAAAUCCAGAACACAAGUUUAGGUAAUGGUAACUUGAAUCCAGUUUCGCAGAAAGUUGAAGAUAAAAUAGAGAAAAAUGUGUUAAGUGUGGAAUCAAAUGAGAAAGUUGCUGGUGGAUCUGCAGCUAGUACCUCAUCUAACACGAAAGGAAAGGUUACAACUGACGUACCUGUAAAGAGUGUGGGUAAAAACAAUAUAAUGAGUAUGUUUUCUAAACAAGCAGAGAAAAAUGUUUUAAGUAUGAAAAAAAUCGAUUCCCCUCCAUCAGCGAAGGAAGAAACAAUAAUCCCUAAAAUUGAAACUGAAGAAAAGUCUCUGCCAACCAUAUCUAAAAAGUCAAAUUCACAAAAUACAAAAUCAUCGCAAAAGAGAAAAUCCAGUGAACGACAACUGAAUAAGAAAUCCAAACAUAAAAGGGAUAGUGAUUCAGAAGAAGAAAUGCAGCCUAAGAAGAAGAAGCAGCACAGGAGGAUUUGUACGUUUGAAGAUUCAGAUUCUGAUAGUGAAAAUGAAGAAAUGCAAGAUAAAGCUCAAAGAAAUGUUCUUAAUUCACCUGAUGAAAUUUUCACAGCUGCUGUUGCAAGUGAUGACAGUGAAGAAUCUAUACCUCCUACUCCUCCUGUACAUAAUGCUGUCAAAAUCAAAGGCAAAGUUUGGAAAACAGUUCAGAAAACAUAUCAGGAUGAUGAUGGGUUCUUUGUUACUAAGAAAGAAAAAGAAUUGGUUACUGCAUCUGAAGAUAGUGAUGAAGAUCCUCUAAAAAUAUCAAAUGUGAAAGAAGUACCUGCAAAAAAAUCACCUAGCAAAACUGUUCAUACUGCAAAAAAGCAAGCUUCUUUAACAAAUUAUUUUAAUAGAAAGUAA